CACAGCCCCAAACCCCGCCGGUUCCCCCCUCCUCCUCCGCCCGCUCACCGGACCUCGCCGCGAGCGCCUCGGCCGCUCGCUUCCUCCUCCUGCGACCACCUCUCCCUCGCCGUCUCCCGGCGACAGGCGUGAUGGGAGAAAAGAGGAAGAUUACAUCGGGGGAGGAGGCGCCAGAGAGACCGCAGAAAGCCCCUCGCCUGGACGUGCUGGCUGAGGCUGGUACUGAAAGCAGCGCAGCAGCGGCGCUGCUGGAGUUGAGCGAAUCACCAUCGGCAGGGAAAGUGGAGGUGGCAAUGAGCCACAGUACUUCUGAGAUAGAGCGGUGCGAGCACUUAUUGUUGGACAGCGAGGAUCUGGACAUGCUUGUGUUUGAUAUCAAGGCGGGCGAGAUGCUCUGGACGUGCCAGAGUUAUGUGUGCAGUCACAGAGGAUCCUCUGUUGGCGGCAAGGCUAUGAGGAUGGUGUGCCUGGAUUGUCAUUCUACUUUCUGCACUGAACAUGCCCAGCUUCAUGCCAAGCUCACCCACCAUUGGGUUGCUCUGGUGUAUGAUAACCCCUAUGUUGGGUACUGCUACCUGUGUGAAUGUGUUCUGAAGCUUGGUGAGGACAAAUGGAAGGAAGAUGACUGGGAAAUGGCGACCAGCAAGGGUACGGACGAGCAGGGAAUGGUGGCCAGUAAUACAAAGGAUGAGCAGAGAAUAGUGGCCGGUGAUGAUGUAUGUGGCUAUAUUAUCAGAGGGAUGCCGAAUCUUGGAUCCACGUGCUACAUGAAUGCAGUGCUGCAGUGUCUCCUUGCGCUUGGUAAGCUGAGGACAAUGAUUUUACGACCGGAUGCUCGGUUGGGGACCAUUGGUCAGUACCUGCAGCAGUUGUUUGUAGAGACAAGCAGUGGAAAUGAUGCCACAUGUUUGUUGAACCCACGUAUGCUAUUGCAUUGCAUGAGGAUGUAUAAUCAAGAGUUCUGGGGCAACCGUAUGCAAGACAGCCACGAUUUUCUUACAUCUUUGCGCGAUGCUUUGGAUGAGGAGGUGAAGGAGCUAAACAGGUUGCAUUGCAUGCAAGGGGGUGCAGUUUUUCCUACAAUCGGUCAACUCAUUUUCAAGGUCCAGAUGUGUCAGACCGUAUCCUGCAAAAGUUGUUUGAAUAGUGCAGUUCAGCAUGUUGAAUUUGAUGAUCUCCAGGCAGCUGUGGCACAGCCAUCAAAGGGUCCUCCAGCCAGAAGUGUUGCGCCAGCACCAAGGAUCACAAGCCCCAGAUCUCCAAGGAAGCAUCGUAAGAAACUAUUUCAACAAAGUGACAAGAAUGAUGGAGAAAAGAUUCAAACAAUUCCUGGAAGCGGCGAUUCUCAGAUUCCUGGUUCAGAAUUGGGAGAUGUGACCAUGGAGAAAAAUCCCAAGCCUUUGCAAGUUGAUUCUAAUGAAGCGAAGGAUGUUGUACAUGAUCAUUUUAAGACUCAGAAGAAUGAUGUUCCAGAAGAGGUCAUUGGGGUGCCAAUAAAAGUUCUUGAUUUCAUUCCUAAAUUGUUUGAUGACAGUGACUCUGAGGAGAUGGGUGCGCUAACAAUAGGUUUGCGCAAUCCAAAAGAUAUAGGUCCACCUCCACUUGGUAAUAUGGAAGCCAAGGAGUAUGCUUUCUCAGUAGAAGUUUGUGAACAAGACAAGGGGAAGCCUUGUAAGAAACUAUUUCAACAAAGUGACAAGAAUGAUGGAGAAAAGAUUCAAACAAUUCCUGAAAGCGGUGAUUCUCAGGUUCCUGGUUCAGAAUUGGGAGAUUUGGCCAUGGAGAAAAAUCCCAAGCCUUUGCAAGUUGAUUGUACUGAACUGAAGGAUGUUGUACAUGAUCAAUUUAAGACUCAGAAGAAUGAUGUUCCAGGAGAGGUCAUUGGGGUGACUAUAAAAGUUCUUGAUUUCAUUCCUAAAUUGUUUGAUGACAGUGACUCUGAGGAAAUGGGUGCGUCAACAAUAGGUUUUCGCAAUCCAAAAGAUAUAGGUCAACCUUCACUUCGUAAUAUAGAAGCCAAGGAGUAUGCUUUCUCAGCAGAAGUUACUAAAGAAGACAAGGGAAAAGCUCAGAGUAGUGAUAUUAUUCAUGAUGUCGCAGAACAUAUAAACUCUCUUUCGUCGAUUGAGGACUGCCUGGCACUGCUUUUGAUUGACCAACCGUUAGAAUGGACCUGCGGGAACUGUUCCAAAGUCAAUAGAACUAACAAUGGUGAACAGAUGAUGGCAAAUACCAAUGUGAAUACAGCUGUUGGGGGAGACCAGACGGAACAGUCAGACAGGAAAACAUGCCCAAGUGAGCAAUCUAGUGAAUUGAACAGCUUGUCAGUAGGAUAUUCUUCUCCAAGCAGGCAACCACAUGGUGGUUGUGAUGCACAGGGUCAACUUAUACUCUCUGGGGACAGCACUACUGAAGAUACUUCAGGGACGAGCUGUGGUGAAAAGGACUCAGCCAGUAAAAAACCUGAAAGUCCUGAAGGUGUUCAAGAAGCUGUUCCUAAAUGCCUUCCAACUGAGAAACAGACUAACCAGUUGAGCGCCCAGGAUAGUCAAGAUACCAGCACACAAAAUCAGGGCUGUGGGACGCAGGUAAAGCUGGAGGAAGACCAAACUGAGCAGAAAGAUGGGAAUUGUGGUGCAACUCAAACAAUUUUGCUUACCAACCUGCCACCUGUAUUAACCAUUCAGCUGAAGAGAUUCGUAGGUGAUAUUUCUAAAUUGAGAGGACAUGUGAGCUUUAAGGAGAUUCUUAAUGUAGGACCAUUCGUGCACCCAAGUUGUGUGGACAAAGAUAACGCCAGCUAUCGUCUAGUUGGUGUCGUUGAGCACCUUGGUCCCCUCUUGAAUGGAGGGCAUUACAUUGCUUACGUGAGGGCAGGUUGCAAUCAGCAGAGCAGUGGCUCUUCCUCCUGGGUUUGUGCAAACGAUCACACCAUCACAGAAGUCUCUCUACAAGAAGUUCUCAGGUGCGAGGCGUACAUACUUUUCUAUGAGAGGAUGGAUGGCUGAAACACGUCUGGCAAUUCUACCCAACAAGUAACCAGCAGUGCAAUGACAAAGGAAGCAGAAGAGUGAGAUUAGCAAGUAUGGCCAACUAACAUAGAGUCUGUCAUGAAGCCCAAUUUUGUUGCUUUGGCCGAGUCAUCGCAGGAUUUUGCAUCGGUUGUAGCAUGUGGAUUAGUCUGCUGCAGUGAUUUCGGCCAGUAUUGUUGUUUGUCAGAUGAUCUGGUCACAUUCAUUCAUAACUAUUUUUUCUGUCGAUGAGAAGCAUACUGUAUAGUUCUUCUUUUCUUUUUGUGAAAAGGAAACCCUGAAUAGAGUUCUUUUUGUUAGAAAAACACUGAAUAGGUGGGACACUGGAAAACAUGAAAGGCUGGCAACAUAUCCCUUUGGCUAUAAUUUUUGUGAUGGGCGGGCAGCAUUCU